CACAAAACCACGACCAUGAGCCGCCCAGCAGUGACAAGGGCCCUCGGCGCCGCGCGCACCCUCGCGACGGCGGCCCCGGCCUCUACCUCCGCCUUCGGCGCCCUGCCGCCGCUCCUUCCUGCUGCGUCCGCCUCGGCGCCGCUGCCAACCUCGACUCCGCAGGCGCUCACGCUCCUCCGCGAGUCGACGACGCCCAGCACCGGCAUCUACCUCCGCGCGCGUCUCCACAGCCGCACGUACCUCCUCCACCCGCGCGACGUGCUCACCGUCCCGACACUCAAGCCCGUCCAGGCGCCCGGCACGACGCUCGCCCUCACGCGUAUCCUCGAGGUCGGGAGCCGCGAGUUCGCCAUCAAGGCCGAGGCGGCGAACGGGCGCGAGCUGCGCAAGGCGCUCCCCCGCGGCACGGUGCCGCAGUUCGAGACGCUGCCCCCCUGGGUCGCGAGCUGCGAGCUUACGGUGCUUGAGCACACCAAGUCCCCGCUCACGCACACCCUGUUGAAGAAGCGCAGGAAGGGAUACCGCAAGACGAUCCAGAACAAGCAGGGCUGGACACGGCUGCGUGUCGGUGACAUUAUCCUCGGUGACGGCGUUGCGCCCGUCGAGGCGGCGGUCGAGGAGGCGGCGGCGGCGGCCAAGACGGCGGCUUAGAUAGCACACUGCAUAUGUACGGAUUGCAUGGUGGAGUC